AUCAAUGUAGGCGUAGUGAGUGAGUGGAGCUGAAGAGCUCGCGCGCAUCGUACGUUUUCGGAAUUCUGGGCCCCGGUUUGUUGGGCGAAACCCCUUUUUUCGCUCGAAAUUGUCUGCGGCGCUCGGUGGUCGUCCGGCAUAAAUAAAUGUUUGUACCGCGCCGUUGAAGUUUUUUGACGGGUUGUCGUAAAAUUGAUUCACCAACGGGCGAACCCUCGCCCCCCGGGGGACACGGGAAAGGAACUUGUGCAGGUGCUGGCGUCGGUUUGCAGUGGGACCACGAUGCUGGUGAGGGCAACCAAUUCAAAGGACACAGAAGAAACAACGUCGUCGACAGAGUUGGCUGAUCCGGCAGAACCCGGUGCGAUAUAUCCGCUGGCCGUGCGCGACCGAAGCUUCAUGGAGGAGCUGAAGGACACGAGCAUCCACCAUACGGCCCUGCGGCUGGCAGAGGACGUGAAGACGAUGAAGCUUUACGGUAACCUCUACAAGAUGGUGCAGAAACUUUCCUGCUCGCCGGAGGUGGACAAGGACGACAUGAAGCAAACGCUCGAAAGCGCGAUCAAGUCGAACGGGCUGGAGAUUGAGAUCCGGAACGUGAUCUACCAUCUGAUACGGAACACCGUAAAAAGUGACACUCGUCCAACGCCCGCCAGCAGCGAUCCGUUGAACUAUCUACGCCGAGCAGGUAUCCAAUGGGAACGACGGGUACGCAAGUCGUUGAACUCGAUGUGCUCGGAAUCGAAAGCGCAACUGCACGGUCAGAUGCGCACCGCAUCCGACCGGGAGGAGAUCCUCUCCAAGUGGGACGAGCUCAGCACCUAUCAGAUCGAUCUCAGCAACUAUCGACCGGUGUACGCUCCCAAAGAUCUGCUCGACGUGCUGCUAUCGCUCAAGGGACCGAUGAAGCAGGAUGAGACAGACUUUCUACCAAAAUGGGAAUUUUCACACAUCUCCCUCACGGUAAAGAACCUGUGCCAGCUGAGGACACACUUCUCGGAGGUGUUAAGAAACGACAACAACUUUGGCGAUUGGUCGGUAACGUGUCAGAAGGUGCUGAAGACGCGGCAUGCACCGCUCUGUCAGCAGGCUCUGAAGAAAGGAGUCACACCACCACCGUUGCGGGGAGCACUUUGGUCCUACGUGCUUGGGAGUCAGGUGGAGCAACACCACGUGGAACACUGGGAAGCACUGCGCCAGUCGGUACUGACCAACGAGUCCAUUGUGGAUAAGUUGGUUUUCAAGGAUGUACAGCUGACGGCGACCAACGACGAUCGUUACUUCGUGUUCGAGGAUGUACUCUAUCAGAUUAUGCUCUGCUUCAGCAGAGACACCGAAAUAAGCCAACUGAUCCAGGUGGAGUUUACCAACUCAGCGAAAGCGAAACAGUACGAAGGUCCACCGUGUGGGUUCGUCCCGUUCCACGGCAUCUGUAUGUUGGCGGCCCCGUUUUGCUAUCUUUACGAUAAUCCCGUCUCCUUGUACUACACCUUCCGGGCGUUCUACAUUCGCUACUGCCAUCGACUGACGACGAUCAACACCCAUCCACAGGGUAUCGUGAGUUUGUGCCUGCUGUUCGAGAAGCUGCUGCAAACGCACGAACCACAGCUAUGGUCACACUUCCGGGAGCUUCAGAUUCAACCGAUUCGAGUUGUGUUCAAGUGGUUGAUGCGCGCGUUCAGCGGCCAUCUACCACCGGAACAGCUGCUCAUACUGUGGGAUCUGAUACUGGGCUACGAUAGCCUCGAAAUCCUGUCCCUGCUUGCCAUCAUCAUACUGAGCUUUCGGCGGGAAAGCUUGAUGCAGGUAACGUCGGUGGAAAACAUUGAAGCCAUCCUGUCCGAUCUGUCCUCCGUCAAAGUACUGCCACUCAUUCAACUGACACUGUCGCGGGAUUAACCACUGCCCCAUGGCGAAAACCAAGCAUUUUACCACUACUUCUACUACUGCCGGAUGAAAAUAGAUGAGCGAGUUUUGUUUUGUUGUUAACACUAUUUUAACAGGCGUUUGUGUCGGUUUUAUUCUGCUUUUACUUCCUGACUGGCAGCGCACCAGGCAGUGGAACUAAAGGAGCAAGGAUCGUUUCAUCGAUCAAAUCCUUGCUUUACACACAUGCACACACCGAUGCCAAGACACGGCAG